AUGGGGAGGGAAAAACGAAAAGUCAAACCUCCUAUUCGAGCGAGCGGGCCCAAGGAAAGACGCAGACGAAACCAGAAAUUUCUGUCUGACCAUCCAGCACCCGCCCCUGCUCCCCAAGGCCUUGUGGCAAAGCCAACACUACCAAAAUCCAGGCAUCACACGUACUUUGAGUUUGUUGAGAAUACAGACAAGAAAGAGAAGAUCCUCCAAGUCAAGGAGACCGAAGACAAAAUCCCGCCUCCAGGCUUCGAGUUUGUCCCCAUCGGUAACCCAGGACUGACAAAGGCAUGCAAAGAUCUUUCCCGCGAGAAAGAUGCCAUGAUAUUUGUAGUUUCGGUACGCAUUCUACAAGAGAAAGAGGAAGAAGAAAAAUCCACCUGUAGGCAAGAGACUAACAGUGGUCAGCCCGUCACUACCAACAACAGUCUAUCCCAACAGGUCAAUCGACUAGGCCACCACGUCAGACAGACCAUCGUUGAAGAAGCCAAGGCCACCAUAGCGGACUUGCCGGAAUCGGGAGCAGCUACACCAGAUGGAAACCCGGAACCAAUUCCUGAGAUCCAGGCGGAAUACCAUGCUCAGGCAGAUGCAGCACUUCGUGACCUGUUCCCUCGCAUCCCCAACACUGACCGAGAGAUUAUCAUCCAACAUGCUUUCACACGGGUUAGUUUCUCCAACAAUCGCCUUCCUCUGUGCUCUUUGACGAACCGUAAUACUUCCCAGCGUGCGACUACAAAAGGAGAGCCACCCGUUGGAUUAUGUGGUGAAAUUCCCCUUGCCCGGCGCGUCCAACUGGCAGUACUGGCCCACAUUCGUCACAAUCACACAAGGUAUGAAGAAUUACUGAAAGAAGCCGGAUGGCAAGUUGCUCGAAAAACCGUCGAAACCCUUUGUCUCGAUAUCCUUGUCAAGUGGCGAGGAGACGAAGAGACCGGCCGUGACCAACUAGAUGAGAUAUUGCGCGAAGUGGUCGUCAUUUCGGACUCCGAAGAUGACAGCUCAGACGAAGAAAUGGUGGAUGACUCCUCCAUCGAUAGUGAUGGUGAUGUCUCACCCAGUUCCGUGUUGAUAUCUACAAAGUCAACCACGGCAACGGUUCUUCCACAAAUGGCAGCCGUAGAACAGCCUGGAUCACCGGGACCAACCACGCUGGCAGAAGGACGCACUGCGCGGGCUAAAGAAAAGGCCCCUGCGAGAUCCAUGGAUCAUGUACAAAAGACUAACCGCAAGAAUCAACGUGGCUUCAAGAGGUACCAGGCUGCUUGGCAGCAAGCUAUUUUGCGGAACCGCGGAGCAGACGAUGAUCGCAGUGGAUUCAUAGCUGGUGGUGUGGGCGAAUAUAACCCACGCCAUCCACAAAUGCCUACCAGACAGCUUGAGGCUCAUCAAUCCACAACCUACAACGGCAGCCAAGUCGAGCGAGCUACUCCUUCUAUAGGGUUCACAGUAAACUCUGGCCUUCCCCCUAUGGAAUCUCAACCGUAUACUCGCCCAGUUGCUACUCCUCCGCUGUAUGCCUAUCAAUCUACCGAGAUUCAAGCUUCUCGUGACGCUUUGAGCUCUUCGGUGUAUGAAUUCUCAGGGGAAAGCCCCUCGACAUUGAGGAUGAUGUCCCCUAUCGCAAAUCGUCUUGGAGAUAUGGCCGUCCGUUCUAUUGAACCGGCCUCGUCAGAGACUGUGAUGCAGCCAGCGUUUGUAAGGGCCGUGCCGCCGAGGCAACAGGAUCACCUAGACCCUUUGCCUUCUCGGCCACCCCUGUUCCACACAAUCCGCAGUAUGUCACCUAUGGAUAGCGAAAUUCGUAACUCCCCAGACCGGGGGGGCCGUCGGAUAAUUAGCGACUACCCAGCCGAAGGGAGCUUCCAAGCUAACAGUUUUGCUCUCGAUGCUCCCACUUAUGUUCCUCAAGAGCGUGUUGACUAUUCGUUCAUCUCUGGCGCCCCCAGUUAUGCUAGGCCCGCGCUUCAAGGCUGGAGCAGGCCGUAUGAACAUCCCAUUUGGGCUGAUCCCCCAAGAGGUGACAGAAUCAUUGUAAAUGCAUCACGGCCUGGGACACGCACUAAUCCAAUCCUUAUGGAAGAUCGGGGUGGCUUCUUUGAGAGGGUUGCCUUGCCACUGGAGCCGACGAGCCGUACAGAGCGACGGGAUCUUAUCUUGUAUCUUCUGAGAGAGAUGCAAGAAUACUGCGAAACAAUCGAGGGCAUGAUAGCCUUGAAGUGA